AUGUUCUCAGUAUCCCGUCCGGCUCCGCUUGUACGUAUGUCCAAGAGUCUGAUGGUUCUACAACUACUGGGAGGCAAAUCCAUGGUUUUGGAGACCCUCCAGCGUUCGUCUCAUUAUUUCAUCGAUCACAAAGUUAAAAAGGAAUGGGAAGAGUGGACAACGCUGACGGACACCGCUUUGCGUUCGGAAGCUUUUGGAGAGCUCUCCGUACACUCUCACAAGUCCGGAGGUCUGAGAAUACAAAGAACGUAUUAUGUUUACAAACUACCGUGGGAUUCCUUGGUGGGCAAAGAACCAGCUCCGAACGUAGCGGACUACAUAAGAGCCAAUGGAAUAACCGUGUUCGUUGAGACAGAUUUCAUUGGUUGUUCUUCACUCGCCCUUGACAGGACCUUCUCCGCUCUUGGCCGAAUGGUAGUUGAGCACCACAUCAGAAACAGGUUAUGGGUGCUUAACUGGCAAACACAACAGGACGAAUCAUCAUUGGGUGGACCUGACCAAACUAUCGGUCAGACGACGGCCUACUCAUCAGAAGCCGAUGACUACAGCGUCUGGUCUAAACAAACCGUGGAUUGCACCGUGUCACUCUUGGAAUCCCAUGCUGACCGUUCGCUCGCUAGUGUUGACCUUCUGGCAUUUGCCCGAGGGUUGCAGUCUGGCAUCAUGUCACUGGAGCAAGUCCUGUCGCUUCUAGACCUCCACGUGUCCAGAACAUUUCCACACACCUGGAAAACUGUAUCCCGAUGCCGCCGUCAGUUAACUCAUUGGAUCCCGGUCAACCGAAAGCAGAUCCGCCGAGCCAACUACGCCACCAUCCAGACCCUGUACCACCAAAGACUCAAAGAUUCAGCGUCUGAUGUGCUCGAUGAGUCAUGGAAGCAUCUAUACAAAGGAAACUGCGGUCUACCUAUAGACGCCGAGUAG